AUGGUCGCUCUCCUUCGAAUCGUGGCGGUUAAAUUUCGCCACCGCUGGUUACCUCUUCGCGUCGUCACCGCAAUAGCGUUGGGUCGGCUGUCGAUAGAAGAACAGUUCAAGGCGCAGUACGACGCGCAUGAGCGCAGUGCGGCGCGCAUGGGCGCAAAAGGUCGACCUGCUGAUGCUGCUGCACGCACUGAUGGCAGUCCGGCUAGUGGUGGUACUCCCGGCAGCACUGGCGCGGGCAGCACACGCGCUCACAGCACUCCCUCCUCCUCCCCUCUCAUUCCCUCCUCUCUCUCCUCCUCCUCCUCCCUCUCCCUCCUCUCCUCCUCCUCAUUCUCCCCUCUCCUCUCCUCCUCGCCGUCUCCCUCCCUGCCCCUGCUCGCAUCCUCCCCUUCUCUGCUCUCCACCCUCCCUCCUGCCGCGCUGGCACCGCUCUGCACCGCUCUGUGCGGCCCGCUCUGUCCCCAGGGGCGCCUCACCCGCUUCUACGACACUCAGAUGGACCGAUUCGUGCUGCCGCCCACCAGGCUGAUGGACGCAGCAGCAUUAGCGCGGCAGCGCCUGAGCAUGACAGAUCACGAGCUGCUGCAUGCCAACUCCACAUCGCCACUGGCCGAGGGCCCCGACUUCCUGCCCUUCAUCCGCAGCUGCUACCGGCUGCUAGCCCAGUCGCCAGACAGCGACACGCUCUUCCCCAGCGGCGCCCCCGCGUCUUCAGCGCUGGCAGCGCGCACCGCCCCCCCUGCCCCUUUACUUCUUCUCAACCUCCCCUUCUGCUCCUCUCCCCCUCUCCCCCCCGCCUUCCCAUUCAGCUGCUACCGUCUGCUAGCCCAGUCACCGGAAACAGACACGCUCUUCCCCAGCGGCGCCCCCCGGGUCUUCACACGCGAUCCCACCUCGCAGCGCUGGCAGCGCGCGCCACCCCCGCUGCCCCCGCGCACGCCGCUCAUGCUGUACCGCGCAUACCGCUCGCGCCACCUGCACUCGCUCUCCUCGCUGCUCUGCUCCCUGCCCUGCUGGCCCUGGCUGUGA